UCCCAGGUGUCUGGAGUCUGGGUCCCUAGGACUGUGCUUUCCCAGAGGACAGAGGCCAUUUAUAGGAAGAGACCAGGUUCCCAGCCUCUUCUAAUGAAAAGACAAAGGAAGCAUGGACUACAGUCACCAAACUUCCCUAGUUCCGUGCGGACAAGAUAAAUUCAUCUCCAAGAAUGAACUUCUUCUGCAUCUGAAGACCUACAACUUGUACUAUGAAGGCCAGAAUUUGCAGCUUCGACAUCGUGAGGAGGAAGACGAGCUCAUCGUGGAAGGACUGCUGAACAUCUCCUGGGGGCUGCGCCGGCCCAUUCGUCUGCAGAUGCAGGAUGACCACGAGCGCAUCCGCCCCCCUCCGUCCUCUUCCUCCUGGCACUCCGGCUGCAACUUGGGAGCACAGGGCACCAUCUUGAAGCCCCUCACCAUGCCCAACAUUCAGAUCUCAGAGGUGGAUGCCCCCCCUGAGGGUGAGGAGCCAUCGAGCCCCACAGAUUCCAGGGGCCUGAAGCCUUUGCAGGAGGACACCCCACAGCUGAUGCGCACACGCAGCGAUGUUGGGGUUCGUCGCCGAGGCAAUGUGAGGACACCCAGUGACCAGCGGCGAAUCAGACGCCACCGUUUCUCCAUCAACGGCCAUUUCUACAAUCACAAGACCUCCGUGUUUACACCGGCCUACGGCUCCAUCACCAACGUUCGAAUCAACAGCACCAUGACCACUCCACAGGUCCUGAAGCUGCUGCUCAACAAAUUUAAGAUUGAGAAUUCAGCGGAGGAGUUUGCUUUGUACGUGGUCCAUACCAGUGGUGAGAAACAGAAGCUGAAGAAUACCGACUACCCACUGAUUGCCCGAAUCCUCCAGGGCCCCUGUGAACAGGUCUCCAAAGUGUUCCUCAUGGAAAAGGACCAGGUGGAGGAAGUCACCUAUGAUGUGGCCCAGUAUAUAAAGUUCGAGAUGCCAGUCCUUAAAAGCUUCAUCCAGAAACUCCAAGAGGAAGAAGAUCGGGAAGUGAAGAAGCUAAUGCGCAAGUACACGGUGCUCCGGCUGAUGAUUCGGCAGAGGCUGGAGGAGAUAGCUGAGACCCCAGCAACAAUCUGAGCCACGAGAGGGCAGGAUCCAGGCCUACAGGGGCAGCCUCUGACGUGGGAAGACCCAGUGGAAGCUGGAUGCCUUCCUUCUAUGGGAACGUUUAAUGGCAAGCCUCUGCGACUCCUGUCCCACCUCCAUGCUGCCUGGAGCAGACAAGCCUCCUUUCUUGCACUUACGGAGUUUUGACUUUUGGUAUAGGGAGAGCCCAACAGGGGCGCACACGUGUGUGUCCGUGUGUGUGUCUGCACACAUGUGCACAAGGUGCAUGUCCACGUGCCAAAUUGAUAUUUUUCACAUCCAACUAAAUUCCAAGUAACCAGCACAAGCACCAGAAGUCCAGGGCACGUGCUGCCUAUCACCAGGUAAAUAGCGGAAUCACUGAUCAGAGCGGUUUCAGAUUGAAGAAGAAUUUUCUCUCUUCAAGGGUCAGGGAGCAGCUACACCUGUUGACCCACAUUUAGAAGGAGAAGUGGGCUCAGCUGGCCCACAUGUGGGGUACUUAGAAGCUGGUUGAGCUGCUCCCAGCAGGCUAGGGAGAUGGGCCAGGGGAAUUAGCAGCAGCCCGCAAUCUUGGGACAGGUCCCAUGGAAGGAAAAAGAGAAACCUUUAUCAGUGCAAUAAGCCCACCGUUUUUACACUGGAAACUUUGUGCUGAUCUGUGUGUCUGCCUGUAGAAUGUGGAUUCUGCCCAUCUUGUCCCAGGGCCACCGCUGAGGAGCCUGCACCCUAGUUUUCUCUCCGCCCGCCCGACUGCCCACCCCGACUCUGGCGCCUCCUUGAGUUGGAGGCAGGGCCUCAUGAAGCAGCUCUGCUGGUCUACACCAGGCCCUGGCCGCCCUUUGUGGCCAGGGCCUUGCUUUGUUCUGGGGGUGGCCAGGAAGUCUCCUUCUUCAGAGAAAUGUAGCGGCUCCUUGCACAAGUAGAGUCCAGCUCAUCUCUCCAUCCAGGCAUCUGCCUGCUCUUGCUUCUGAGACUGAGUGUGUGAGGUCAAGACUGUGCUGCCUAGACUCAGGACGGGCCAGUUGCCCGCCCCUUGUUUGUGAAGAUGGAGCCUGAGAAUGAGGUCUCGUCCUGCUACUGACCCAGUGUGGAGUUCAAGGAAGCUUUUAGGUUCCCUGGGAGGGCAGGGUGGGGAAGGAGGCUGAGAAAGCUUGCUUCUUGGAGCAGUCCCCUGGGUGGUCUUUAGAGCAGUCCCCAGCAUGGGAGGGACCAGGGCCAGCCACUCUGGUGGCUCCACAGGAAGGCUGCUGGGCAGCUGGGCACCAGCUUGGCUGAUGUAGACUGCAGAGAGACAAAACUGGGAGCGGGGUGCCUGACCGAGGACAUAACCAGGUCAGGUCAGUGCGCCUCACAGGUGUCUCUGCACCGUGUUGAGAUCUGGGUACUCCUUCCUCUUUCCACUUCCUCUUCAAGGAAGGUUUGGAGAGCUGAUCAGUGGAGGUCGGGUACCUGCAAGCAAAAUGGACCUUUGCAGCGGAGGGCGCCAUUACUGCUCAGACACCCCUCUACUCUCUACCUGCUCCCACCCCCCCACCUCGGCCUCACCAGGCUCUUCAGAUAACUCAGAAUUGUAGACUCAUUGCCUUUCAAGCGGAGGGCGUGUGCUGAAACCUGGCUUUUUGCAGGGGUCUUUCCUCUGCCUAUGUCUGUGGGGAGGGCAUCCAUCCUCGGUCUUAAUCAAACACCUCCCUGGGCUUCUCUGUCGUGUGUAGAAGGGAAAAAAAGCCAGGGUGGGUACUGAGAGCUUCCUUUGUUACAGAUGGGAACCAGCAGCUUUGUGAAUGCAGUAAGACUGACAGCCCAGAUUUUCUGUUUGAGAAAGUGAAACCUUACCACCUAGUUAUUUAGAAAGUUCAAAGCCUCUGUUGGCUCAGUAAUUCUUCAAGGGUCAGGGGACUUAGGAGAAUUUCCACAAAGCAAAUUAUAACCGCAGACUGUUAUCGGACGACUAUUUUUGGUUUGUGUAAUUUUUGAUAAUUUGCACUAGUGUGGAUGGUGUUAAAAAUGGAGAUGUUGCAAAAUUCCUCUGUGGCAAUGCCAUACUCUCCAACAGCGUGACACUAAGGUAGGCCUGGCUUUUUAAAGAGGCAGUGGGUGGGAGAGGAAGUUGAACCGUACACAACAUGGUCUGAUUCCUACGGGCUGCACGUUUCCAUGGGUGGCCCCUCUUGUGCAGAGAUCACAUCUUGAUGACCUGACCAGAAAUUUUGGAAAGGUCCUUUGAGAAAGUCGCACUGAAAUGAGACACCGCGACUGUGUGGAGCUGAGCUAUCUCACUGGUAUCGCAUGGCUUGGCGGCAUGGAGCAACUUGACUGAUUUGUGUGGGUUUAUGUAAUUGAGUGCAAUGACCUUGAAAUUGUGUGAAGAACAAAAGGCCAGUUGAUGGUUUUUUCCCCCCUAACAUGUGAAAAGCAGGAUAGCACAUCUGGCUUUCUUUUUCCAGGGGCUUAUGUUACAAGGUGAUCAAAUGGAGGAAAAACCUGACUCCAUCUGACAGGAAGGCGUUCAGCACAAGGUCACAUGCUCUGUGAUCACAGAGGGGUGUGAUGGGUUAAGUGGGUGGGGGUGGGGGUUACCAUGGGGAAGGACUGAAAAGCACAAAUAACCACCUUGCCUGUGCCAAGGUGGGAGUUGUGCAGGUUUGUUUCUGGGCUGGACAGGGUUUCACUGAGUUCUUGUUGAGGCAGGAGAACCUCAGAUAAGCUACCAUAUGCAUGAAAAAUACUGAGAACCCAGGUGGAGAUUGGGUUGUGAAACUUCAAGGAGAAAUAUUUUCACUCUUCUUUCCCCC